CACCACUGGCGGAAGCCCUGUUUCAGUCGCGCGGCGCUGACUGAUGACGUAAUCUUGAAACCCCUCCAUGUUGCAGGGUAGUAGACUGAGAUAAAACGACACACCGCUGGUUGCCGAGUAACUUUGUGCUGUGUGUUCCCCACGCCCGGUGAGUAUAUCCUGUAUGACCAUAAACCUCUAUGUAUGCUCGGAUAAAAAAAAAAGAAAAUGCUGCAUCCGUCUGUUCCGAAGAGCUUGCAAUCUAAUCCCCUGGUUUUAGCACACUCUUCUAUGGAUUGUUUAACAGUAGAUGUCCCAGGUUAUUGUCAUUGUCCUGUGCUUAUCUGGACGCCUUGUCCCUAAGAGCUUGCAAUCUAUGUCACAGGUUAUUGCCACUGUCCCAUGCUUAUCUGGACGCCUUGUCCCUAAGAGCUUCCCAGAUUAUUGCCACUGUCCCAUGCUUAUCUAGAUGCCUUUUCCCUAAGAGCUUGCAAUCUAUGUCACAGGUUAUUGCCACUGUCCCAUGUUUAUCUGGACGCCUUGUCCAUAAGAGCUUGCAAUCUAUGUCCCAGAUUAUUGCCAAUGUCCCAUGCUUAUCUGGGCGCCUUGUCCCUAAGAGCGUCCCAGAUUAUUGCCAAUGUCCCAUGCUUAUCUAGAUGCCUUUUCCCUAAGAGCUUGCAAUCUAUGUCACAGGUUAUUGCCACUGUCCCAUGUUUAUCUGGACGCCUUGUCCAUAAGAGCUUGCAAUCUAUGUCCCAGAUUAUUGCCAAUGUCCCAUGCUUAUCUGGGCGCCUUGUCCCUAAAAGCGUCCCAGAUUAUUGCCAAUGUCCCGUGCUUAUCUGGACGCCUUGUCCCUAAGAGCUUCCCAGAUUAUUGCCACUGUCCCAUGCUUAUCUGGAUGCCUUGUCCAUAUGAGCUUGCAAUCUAUGUCCCAGGUUAUUGCCACUGUCCCGUGCUUAUCUGGACACCUUGUCCCUAAGAGCUUGCAAUCUAUGUCACAGGUUAUUGUCACUGUCCCAUGCUUAUCUGGACGCCUUGUCCAUAAGAGCUUGCAAUCUAUGUCCCAGGUUAUUGCCACUGUCCCGUGCUUAUCUGGACACCUUGUCCCUAAGAGCUUGCAAUCUAUGUCCCAGGUUAUUGCCACUGUCCCAUGUUUAUCUGGACGCCUUGUCCCUAAGAGCUUGCAAUCUAUGUCCCAGGUUAUUACCCCUGUCCCAUGCUUAUCUGGACACCUUGUCCCUAAGAGCUUCCCAGGUUAUUGCCACUGUCCCAUGCUUAUCUGGACGCCUUGUCCCUAGGAGCUUGCAAUCUAUGUCCCAGGUUAUUGCAACUGUCCCAUGCUUAUCUGGACGCCUUGUCCCUAAGAGCUUGCAAUCUAUGUCCCAGGUUAUUAUCCCUAAAAGCUUCCCAGAUUAUUGCCACUGUCCCAUGCUUAUCUGGAAGCCUUGUCUCAAAGAGCUUGCAAUCUACAGUUACCGAACUGUGAUACUAUGUAUAGCUGGUCAACAGUUUUCCUGUUUACAACAUUAUUCUAUGCUAAUACAGUAAAAUAAAUCAUGAAGGCCUCACACAACAUUGUAUCAUUAAUUAAACAUAUUGUGAUGUAAUUUGCUAAGAGUACUUUCACAAUGGACUACACACACACACACACACUUUUACAGGGUUAUUCACUAAAUUGAUCAUUCAAGGUGAGUUCAAAGAGAAUUUCAAAUGUAAGGCUAACAUGGUGAACUGAAAAAAACAUUCUCUAACUCCACUAUCCUUCCAGUUAAGUGAAUGUGGCUUAAAAUUUUGAAUUUCACUGUGAAUUUUCACUUUUGUGAAUAAACCCAUAAAUAUAACCCAUAGAUUCACUUUAGCGCAGUGAACUGUACUUUUUAAAGGUAGGAACACCAAUUCUCCCGCUGGCAUUUUUUUACUUCAUUGCAUUAUUACUAUAUAGCUACUAGACUGUUUGUGUGUGUGUGUGCGGUUGUUUAUUUUUUUUAUUUUUUUAUAAAUGUCAAUAAUCUCGUUCAUUUUGUCUGAUUUGCUAAGAGUACUUUCACAAUGUAAGCUAGUACAUUGUCACAUUUAUACUUGAUAAAUUUGUAUCUUGAAACCGUAAAACAAUUUGUAACAAAUAACAUUACAAGGAAUCUAAAGGCAUCAGCUGUUUGUUUCAUAAUAGCACAAAAAUAAAUGUGUCAAUAGGGUAAACAAUUUAUACAGAGAAAGAAUGUACAAUUGCAAAUAAGGCAUUAUGGACCGUUAAAGGGACAUUAUAGGCACCAGGACCACUACAAUAGUAUUCUAAAACAUCAGUGUAAAUGUGGACACACCAGUCCUCAUGAUCCAGCAACAGUCCAGGAUUUAUGUAUUUCCUUUUCUAUUCCAAUGGAGCUGUGGACAAAUCCUAAACUGGUGUUGAGAGCUGGUUUGGGAACUACUGGUAUAUAGAUUGAUCUCCCAUGGUUCUAGGGAGCUUGCGAUCCAGUUUUACAUGUCAGCCGCAUCAUCCACUAUUCUAAAUGUAUCUAAUGUGUUUUUUUUUUCUCUAUUCCAUGUAAGCCUUCAACAUGAAUAAAGAUGCUCAGAUGAGAGCUGCAAUUAAUCAGAAACUCAUUGAAACAGGGGAGAGAGAACGGUAAGUAAAGACCUUUUCAAAAAUAUAAAUGGAGAUAACUGCACAGAAUGCAUUCACAGAAUCGAAGCGUAAAAAGGCAUAUCAUCAAAUCCUUUUGGGUUCUUAAGUUCUCCUAUUUUUCUUUGGCUUUCACCUCUUCUAAAAUGGACCAAAUAAAUAAUAGUUGGUGGCUGUGAUUGGUUAAGAGCUGAUCAUUUCUAGCCUAUCAAAACUUCCAUUGCCGGUAUGAUUUGGUAUGACUAGAAAGAAAUGUUCAAUCUCUUCCUUCACGAUUCCUCUCAGGCUGUGGGUGGCCUCUGAUCCUUCUUUAGGGUUAAACUGCUCAGAAGUGGCUUAACAUUGAAUGGAGAGACUGUUCCAGGAGACUUAAAGGACUACUCUAGGGACCCAGACUACUUCAGCUUAAUGAAGUGGUCUGAGUGCACGGUCCAGCUAGGGUUAACCCAUUUUUUUCAUAAACAUAGCAGUUUGUUUAUCAAUGGGUUAAGCCUUCCCCCAAAUCCUCUAGUAGCUGUCUCAUUGACAGCCGCUAGAGGCGCUUGCGUGCUUCUCACUGUGAUUUUUCAGUGAGAAGACGCCAGCGUCCAUAGGAAAGCAUUAUGAAUGCUUUCCUAUGUGACCGGCUGAAUGCGCGCGCAGCUCUUGCCGCGCGUGUGCUUUCAGCCGCAUGGGAGGAGAAGAGGAGGAUCAGAGGAGGAGAGCUCCCCGCCCAGCGCUGGAAAAAUGUAAGUUUUAACCCCUUUCCAGGGGCGGGAGAGUGACCCUGAGGUUGGGGGCACCUUCAGGGCACUAUAGUGCCAGGAAAACGAGUGUUUUUCCCUGGCACUAUAGUGGUCCUUUAAGGCACUAUAGCCACUUCAAUAAGAUGAAAUGGCUAUAGUGCACAGUGUCCAUUUAAUAUAAAUUUGAAAGACAAUGUUAUCAUGACUUUUUUGUAUGAGUAAACAGGAAGGGUGACCAAUAUAACCAAGAUUAAUAAAAUAGAAAAACAAGCAUUUUUUUCUGAAAUUUUUAAUUAUCAAUUUAACUAUGAAAAUAUUUUAUGUACAGGCUGUCACUGUAUGUGCUUAUCAUGUAAACAAAGAAAGUUUGAUCAUAUUGCAUAGCAACUAGCACUAUUCUGUGAGCACGCUCUUUCUGUAAUUUAUGUUUUCUGUCUAAUGGCAUGUACUAUGCAUGCAUUAUGGCUUGAGAAAGGAGGAGGGCAGGUCAAAACAGGAGCUCUUAACUUUAAAACUAUAUGCUAGGAAUACAAACUCCUGUCCCUAGCACUAUAGUUUCCCCUUUGCUUGCGCAACCCCCACCCUCCCACUGCAGAGCAGAACCCUUUGUCAUUUACCUGAAUACAGCAUCGAUGUCUCUUAGCACUGGGUCAGGCUCUGUCUUUGCUCCUCGUUACACCUACGUCAGGGACAUAAUGCAAGAGCUCUACAAGCGCAUUAGGACAGCCCCAUAGGAAAGCAUUAUAUAAUGCUUUCCUUUGGGGUUUUUGGUAACAUUGGAUGUCCUCAUGCAUAGUGUGAGGACGUCCAGCUUCAGUUUUACGAUUCAAAGUCGCCUAACUUCCAGACCGCCAGUAUAGGUGGAGUUUACCCUAGAUAGUAAUUAGUGCCGUUUCUCAAAAUAAUUACUAUUGCAGAUUUAAGGGGACUGAGACAGUGCACCCAGACCACUUCAAUCCGCUAAGGUGGUCUGGGUGUCUAUAGUGUCCCUUUAACACUGAGUGUUGGAUGUGUGUUUUUUGUUUGUUUGCUAUAAAAAGAGCAUAUUCAUCACCAAGAAAAGUAUUGUGCUCUGACUGUCAUCCCAGUUCUAUAAAUACAGCUAUAAUUUUGAGACUUCCUGGUUUGGCCUGACACUAUCCUGAGUUAGGAGUUCUAAUUCUGAAUCUUGUUUUACUCUCCCUAUCCGUGGCAGCACAGUAAUGUGUUAGCCCCUCCCAUCCCCAAAGAGACAGGAACCUGAUUAGUAACCCCUCCUAUCCCUCCUGCCCUCAGUCAUGGAUUUCAUCAAACAAGCGAUUUCUCAGGGUAUUAGAGGUCAGUAAGUUGCGCAAAAGGCCCAGAAACCAGGAUCCUGUAUGGUCCAAAGAUUAAUCUUCUGAUAUGGAAGGAAGAUGGAAUCAUGAAGCAGAGGAUGAUUACAAACUGAUUUUCACAUUUUAUUUAUUUUUGCCUGUAGGUGGCACUAAUAGGAAUUUGGUCCUUUGGUUUUUUUUUUCUCACAUUUUUAUGAAAUGUGGCAUGUGCCUUGCUUCUCUGAGGGCUCCAGUUAUUGUUCAAUCCUGCAAACAUUUGUGUGGACUCUAUACUGUAUGUGUGUAAUUAACAUAUAAUCCAUAUUAUAAAAUGCAAUUUACAUUUUUUUUUUUCUUUCUCUCAUUCUAUUUUGUAGUGUCUAAGCUCAGUCUUUGGUUUUAUUGUUAUCCACCAUUAUUGCACCUUUUAGUUUCAUAUCAAAUUGUGUAGCACACAGGACGAUGUACAUUAAAAGUAAUGCCUGUAAUAUCAUGGCUACAAGUUGGAAUCAUUCUGCCCUUCUCCAGAUCUUUCUCAAUCCUCAUUUGCUCUUUCUCCAGUGGAUGGCAAAAAUGCUGCCUGCUUUAAAUCCUUGAAAGGUCUCUUGCAUUCCAACAUUUGCUGCUCUAUUGUUUUACUUGAUUGACAUUACUACCUACUGAGUGCCCAAACCAUGCCAAAGCAAAAAAUUGUAUGGGUCAUACCACUGAGACUCCGAGUGUUAAAAUGAAGUCUCCACCAGGCAGGGUGCCUAGCAAGGAGGACAUAGCAUGCAGGCGGUCUCCUGUUGGCCUUGUCACGUUUUCUGAGGCUCUCGUUAACUGAUUUCUCCAAUAUAAAAGGGGCUUUGCAGCAGGAAAAUGCAAACAAUAGAAAUUCUUUAAUGUUUAAGUAAGAACUGAACAAAUAUUUGAGGGAUUUCAGAGUCAGAUGGACAGACCUCUUUAAGCGCUAUCUCCCUUUUAUAGGAACCCCAAGAGGUGUGUCCAUAAUCAAUAUGUAUUUUACCAGACAGACCUUUUAUCAGACAGAAGAAUAUUUUUAAGAGCCAUAAAUGUGGGAUUAGUUAAGCCUUGUGUCACAUUUCUGUUUGACAUUUUACCUUACUUAAAAAAAAAAAAAAAAAAUAUAUAUAUAUAUAUAUAUAUAUAUAUAUAUAUAUAUAUAUAUAUAUAUAUACAUACAACAAAAUUACCAACCCAUUAAACCAUGAAAGGUAGCAAAAAGCUGUUUGUGGCUGUGCUUGCAUUGCGUGCAAGGAAAUGCUUAAGAUGUCUGAUGUGUAUACUGCUAGAUCACAGUAAUGCCACUUUGCCAGAAAACCUGUUUAGUUGUGAAAAAUACUGUCUCUGUUUGGACUGAAUCAGUCAAAUCUUGCUCCUGUCUGUCCCUGCAGUGUUCUGCAAGAUAAAAUGAUAUAAAAAGUGACUUCCUAACUGAUAUAUAUUAUAAGUUUAGGGAGUGUGGCAACUCUUGCACUUUAAAAAAUCUUUUUCCUUCCAUUAUGCUUCCUAAAAUUGCAUCUAAUUAUUAUUUUUUUCUGUAGCAGUGCUAUAAAGCUUCUCUGUUUUUAUAAAAAUAACUUAUUCAAUCAACUUGGCUUCAUUUUAUGGGUACUCUUAUGUCAGUGACCUAAAUCCCUAAUCAAUAUUUCUGGUAAGUUGGAAUUUUGCCAAUAAGGCAUGGUUAAAAAGUGGCAAUCCAGUUUCUCUUUAUGAACACAGAGGACAAGGAGACAGGCAGAUUCAGAACACCCAUGUUUGGCCAAAGUGGCUAGAUGGACACUGGUUGGGCUUUAACCAUUUAUGCAAUUGGGGGGGAGGGGGUUGGAGAGGAAAAACAAUGCAAAUUAUUUGUACAACUCUUGUACAUUCCUUGGAAAUAGAUUCCUUAAUCUGACUGUGGGAGAGUGGUUAGAGAAAUGUAGCCAGAAUAACCCACCUGUAAUAUAUUAACAAAAAACACCCCAGUCAGACACAGUAUGCACACACUAGAUACAUUAUACACACCAUGGCACGCUGCUGUAUACACAAUGACACAGUAUAGAUAAAAUACACACUUACACUCAAUGCUUCACUCACCGUCAGACACCGUAUACACAUUGUAGGUACUUUUCAUGUGAUUUAGCAAACUUUCCACUUCAGGUUUUUUGUUUUGUUUUGUUUUUUUAAACCCGCUGUGAUAUUAUUUAACAUCUAGUGAUGUUGUGCAUAUAUAAUUAGGUAUGCAAGUUAGCAUGUCCAGUAUUUAUUUCUCUCUCAAUCAAAAGUGAGAACCCUACUUCUACUCCGUUACUCACUAUUUUGUCUUUUUAGCCUGAAUUUUUCAGUUCUGUUUUCAAUAUAUGACAGUUUGGUGUACAAAGCUAAUAUCUCUUUCUAGGAAAGUAAUGGUUUCUGGGUCUUUUUAUUCUCCUUUACAUGUCGUGACACUUAUUUGCACAGAUCUUUAUGUUAUUGCUUUUUUUUACUUGGCAACUUACUGUCACAUUCCACUCAUGCACACCUACCUUGUGAUGUGCACUAAGUCUAACACAUCUCUAGCCUGGAGUAACAGCAAUAAUAAACCUGUCAGCAAUAGGGCUUAGAUGCUUGUAAUUAGUAACUGGCUGUCAGCAGACUUUAGCAAAAAGUGUCACUUUAAUAAUGGAAAUAAGUGUCUCUCUUCUUCAAACACAAUGGCUUACUGCAGGCAACCACUCCAGCUCAAACAUGCAGUUGCUAUGACACCAGGCUAAUAUACUGUGGAGGCAUUCACUACUUAAAGGAACACUAUAGUCACCUAAAUUACUUUAGCUAAAUAAAGCAGUUUUAGUGUAUAGAUCAUUCCCCUGCAAUUUCACUGCUCAAUUCACUGUCAUUUAGGAGUUAAAUCACUUUGUUUCUGUUUAUGCAGCCCUAGCCACACCUCCCCUGGCUAUGAUUGACAGAGCCUGCAUGAAAAAAAACAACUGGUUUCACUUUCAAACAGAUGUAAUUUACCUUAAACAAUUGUAUCUCUAAAUUGCACUUUAAUCACAUACAGGAGGCUCUUGCAGGGUCUAGCAAGCUAUUAACAUAGCAGGGAAUAAGAAAAUCUCAAUUAAACAGAACUUGCAAUAAGGAAAGCCUAAAUAGGGCUCUCUUUACAAGAAGUGUUUAUGGAAAGCUGUGCAAGUCACAUGCAGGGAGGUGUGACUAGGGUUCAUAAACAAAGGGAUUUAACUCCUAAAUGGCAGAGGAUUGAGCAGUGAGGCUGCAGGGGCAUUUUCUAUACACCAAAACUGCUUCAUUAAGCUAAAGUUGUUCAGGUGACUAUAGUGUCCCUUUAAGAUGAUUUGGAUAAUUAAAGGGAUGAUUGACCGUGUAGGUUGACUUUAGGUUUCAAAGGCCAUAUGGUGUAAGUAAGAUAUAAUACAAUUACUUGUCUAUAUAAUACAGGAUAUGGUCACACACUCACCAUUGUAUGUAACCCUCUAAAAAAUAAAAAAGUAAAAUGUUCAUGUAGUGAAAAAUUAUAUAUUUUUUUAUGUUUAGUGUCUUUUUGUGAACUGAAUGUGUUUUGUGUGUAUUAUCUUCAGUGUGCAAUGUAAAACUUUUUUUUUAAUUUUUUUUUUUUAUUCUUUUUAGACUCAAAGAGCUACUGAGAGCAAAAUUAAUCGAGUGUGGAUGGAGAGAUCAGCUAAAGGCACACUGCAAAGGUAACGUUUCAACGUAAGAAUGUUGCACAAACAGCCAGAAAACCUAUAGUAAGCAAUUUGGUCUUUACAUUAUACUAUCCUAAUUAUUUACAGCUAUGUAGACCUGUAUACAAGUAAUUUUACUGACCUAUUCCAUGAUGACUGGUUGGUGUAACAAUGACAAACGAAUUCAUUGUUUUAAGAUACAGUUAAACGAACACGUAAGUGUUAUGAACAUAUGCAUGUAUUUCUAAAGCUGUAGUGUUACUCUACCCUCACUCUGCUCCACUGUGAGGGUUUUAAUGGUAAGCUUUAUUUAUCAAUGCUCCUUAACAGCGCUGCUCUCAGCAAGGUUGCCCCUCUUCCUCGGUUGAGAUAAUCAAACUUUAUUAUCUAAACCAGUCCAAUGUUUCCCCAUAGGUGGCUAGUGUGUAUACACAACAGUGUCGCGUUGCACCAAUCAAAUGAUCUCGGAGGCCAUCUGAUUGAAUGAGUUUGACUCCGUUAUGGAAGACUGCCACUAGAGUUGUAUUUAGCCCUUCCUUGUAAAAAGUGCUGUGUCUGCAAAAUGGCAAUGCUUUACAUGGAAGGGUAAAAAUGACAGGACCACUGCACCCACAACACUCCAUUGAGAUGAAUUGAUCUGAAUGACUUGAUCCUUUAAGCACCAAGGGCACAUAAUGCUUCAGAUAGAAUUUUUGUUUUGCUUGACUGCUGUUAAAUUAAGUACUAUUAGUUAUAACAUCAAAGCCCUACCCCUUUCUGUAUUUUCUCUCACUAGGCUUAGUUCUCUUAAGUUCUGCUAAUUUCUGUGAGGUUCCCUUUAAUCAAAUGGGACGCCGCUGUUUUUACAUAGAUCUCGUUAUAGCAGUGAGAUUUGCAUGGGGAAAAAAACACCAUUCAAAUGUAAACAAAUAUACUCUGCUAAUCACAAUACACUUUUUUUUUUUUUUUGGCAAAUGGUGUUUAACAAAAAUUAUUUUUUUCUUUUAAUUGUAAAACUUUUUAAUAUUUAAAAAUCUGUAAUGAGAUGAUUUGCUAAUAUUUUCCUUAAUAUCUUAAUUUAUUCAUAUGGGUUGGUUCUGAGGAGUAUCGGUUAUUACACUGCAAUGAAUGGCUAAACUCCCACACAUAUCCACCUUUCUUUCUUUUAAUGUUUUAAUCAUAAACAUAUGGUUUAUUUUAGAUGUAAUCAAUGAAAAAGGCCUUGAACAUGUAACUGUUGAUGAUUUGGUUGCAGAAAUCACACCUAAAGGCAGAGGUAAGUGUCCUCUCUGUUUUUGUUCUUAUGUUGACGUAAUCUAAGGAAGAAUUAUUCAUUUCUACAUUAUCAUCAUAUGUUCUGCUUAUGUUAGAAGAAGUUUUUAAAGGUACUUGCAUCACUUUGACACAACUGUCUCAUUUAACAGCUGUAGCUUUGAAUGAGACUGUUGCCUUACCCUGCAAGCUGAAAAAAAGCAGAUAAAUGUGGGUUUUAUUCAUAUUUAUCUGUUUAUUCUUUCUUGGGCUUUCCACACUUACUCUAGGAAGUACACUGAUCUAACCAAUCCGUAUCCUAUCCCUAGGAAUGCUGAAAAAGUGAUCUCUUCACCUAGUAACCUCCUGACUGGGUGAAAAGAGGAAAUCUAAUCAGGGUGCUCAUGCAGAGCAGGCUCCGUUGUCUGUUUUUCUCUCUCCUGCUGUUUGCUGAUUUUAAAAAAAUUGUCAAGUGAUGCAUGUCCCUUUCAAGUAACUUCACUAAUGUAUGAAUUGAAUAGGAUUGGCUGAUAAAUCUCAACAGCCAGUAAUCCUCAGUAUUUGCAGCAAAUGAUCGACUCUCAGAAAGAACUGUUUGUUUGGUUUUUUUUGUUUUUUUUUCUUAUUUUCUUUUUCAUUUGCAUAUUUUAAAUGCACAAUGUUCUCCAUUAUGCAUUAAAAUUAGAGAUGAACUCUAACCCAAAGUGUCCCCUUAAUAAUUAUUAAUCUAAGGUAGGUGCUAUAUAUUGUUAUGGUGAGCCACUAUAAUGCAAUGCUGAGACAUUAUUCACAUGUAUAUAUGAUAUGUAUUAAUUUGCUCUUAUUACUUUGUCUUCUUUCAGCUCUUGUGCCUGAUAGUGUGAAGAAAGAACUGCUGCAAAAAAUCCGUACUUUCCUUGCUCAACACGCCAGUCUUUAAUUUGAAAUAUUAUCCUUUUUUUUUAUAUAAAAUAAUGUAAACUGUUUUUUUGUUGUUUGUUCACUUUUGCAUAUGUAAGAUUUUUUUUUUUUACACCAUUUUACAGCAUGUUUUAAUAAAACUGUGCCAUAUUAAUUGUUGUUGCUGUAAUUUUAACUCCUAAUGAUAAUUUGUAGCUUAUCCUUCAUUUCUUUUAGACCUAAAAACCUAAGCAUCACAGGAGAUGUAGGUCACAAACUUCUAGAGUGCCACAUUUAACGAUACGAUACAAAUAGAUUGGUAACAUUUCGAACCACUAGAGUUCUUUGUCAAACACUGAUGAAGAUUCCAGGCGUGCCGACGUGCUAUAACAAAGAACACAGGGGAAGGAGAACAAGUCAAUUAGCUUUCCCUUGUCCCAUGUAUGUUUUUGUUUGCUAGUGCAAUUGCAGAAAGAUUGUAUAUCCAUCUGGAUAUCAGACUAAUCCCACCCAUAAGGGCAGUCCAGAACUGAUGUCCCAGGCAGAUCACCAGAGAUAAAGCAAUGAUUGUUUCAGCCUUUUUAGUGAAAUAUGGCUGAUACCCCUUUGGCUCAGUGAGCAAAGAGACAGUGUUUGGAUUAAUCUUCUAGCUUCAGAGGGACCAUCAGAACUACCUAAACUUCACUAAAUUCUGAAUUGUCGCAAAUUAAAAUCUGAAAGGCUAAACUGAGGAUUUAAUGGAGCUCAGUUGGAGCAUUUUUCCAGACAAGCUAUUUGUUUUGCCAUGUGUAUCUUAAUUUGCUGCAGUAUAGAGUUAAGUAAAAUUAACAAAAUUUAAGUAUUUGCGAAAAAUCUAAACAGUAUGGUUACUGAAAAUGUUAAAAAAUAAAAUUUCCAGGUCUAUGACGGUAUCUCCUUCAUUCACAAGCUUUCAUGCACAGACCUAGAUUGCAAAUACAAUUUUAGAAGGAAAGUAAGUGUUCCAUCCAUCUUAAAUGGACUGUGUGUAUGAAAUGAAAUAAUUUUGAAAUAAAAUCAAAAUAAACUA